AUGAAUAUUACAACUCUCCGCAAUCAUUUAUAUGCAUUUGCAUCAUUUUUAAAAUUUCAUUUGCUUCGAUUAAAUUUAUUUAAAAGUGGUAAUGAAAGUGAAUUGAUUAUACGAAAUGAACGUCGAUCAACCCGUUUGUAUUUAAUUCUUCUAAUAACAGCUAUAAUAAUCACAGGUUCUUAUUAUUCUCUUCUUCUUUAUGAAAAUACAAUCAAAAAAGAAUCUCCUUCCUUUCAAGAAUAUUUAAAUUUACCAAAAGAAUUUUCAUUGAAAUGUCCUUGUAAAACAAUAGCAAUUUCAUAUAAAAAUUUUGUUGACAUUAAACCACACUAUCAUGAAUUAUGUCAAAAUGAAAGUGAUUUAAUAUCUGAUAAAUUUAUUGAUCAGCUUUAUAAUUUCUAUGAAUUAUUUUCGAACGAUUCAAGUUCAUCUGAUUUUUAUCAAACAGCUGCAUUUCAAUUUCGAACACUUCGUGAACUUUGCCAAACAGCACAAAAUACAACUGGACAUCAUAUUAAAAGAUUUGAAGCAACUGAUUUUAUUCAAUCACAAUUAAUAACUGAAGAAUCCUUUCUAGAUCAAAUAAACUCCUCAUUAGAAGUUUUUAUUGAUUUAAUUCCAAAAGAUUUUUUAAGAACAAUAAAAUUUAUUCAAGAUAUAACAGCACAAAGUUUAUUCAUGACUGGUGCUUCAUUAACAAGUAUUUUACCUGUUGUUCAAUUAUACCACGGGAUUAAUGACGAAAGUAUUGGAUAUUCUGGAAAAAAUUAUACGCUUGCUAAUGGUUUCUCUUGUAUUUGUUCAAGUUCAACAGCUACAAAAUGUAUGGGUCUAACGACAUUUAAAAAUAAUACUGUUCAUGGAUUUCAAACAGGCUGCUAUAUGCUUAGUGCACUUCUUAGUUCGACACUUGAAGUAUUUUAUAAUCAAACAUUCAUUAAUAUUGUGACUAAUUCAACAAAUAUUUAUCAAAAAUUAAAUUCUUCAAAUUCAAAUUUAAAUUCAACAAUAGAAACAUUACUUAGUCGAAUGUUUGUUAUUCAUUGGUCAAGUAAAAUAUCCUUCGAACAAUAUUUUAAUUAUUGUUCACCAAGUUCUUGUCAAUAUACAGUAAUUCAACGUCAUCAUAUUUUAUUUAUAUUCAUAGCAAUUAUUGGUUUAUUUGGUGGUUUAUCAUCAACAUUGAGAAUUCUUGUACCAAUUAUUAUCAAAACAAUAUGGCCUUUUCUUCGCAAAUUUAUUAUUAAACUAAGAACACCUACAACACAAAUUAUAUCAAAUGAAUCUCCUGAAAAUCCGACACUUUCUUUCAAUGAUCGUGUAAAAAGAUUUUGUCAAUUAAUAAAACAAAAACUAAUCGAACUAAAUCUUUUCAAAAAUCGUAUUUCAUCGCAAGACGAACAUAUUCUUCGACAACAACGUUAUACAACACGAAUUUAUUUGAUUCUAUUGUCAUUAGCUUUGAUAAUUCUCAUUUUACUUAUAACACUUCAACCACAAACAAUUCAUAUUAUCGAGAAAUCACCGAACUUAACUGAUUUCGAUCGACUUUAUCAUCAAUAUCCAUUAACUUUACGAUGUUCGUGCCAAAAUACAACAAUAGAAAAAAAAUUAAUAACUAAUAUUAAACCUGAAUAUCAUGAAGUUUGUACGAGUGAUUUUAUUUCUUCUGAGUGGAUUAAUCUUCAAUUUUUGCAAUUAUCAUCUUCACUAUUGAUAACGCGUGAUAUUCGUUAUCAAUCUCAAUUUCAUUUUCAACUUUUAUCAACAUUAUGUUCAAUCGCAAAUCAAACAAUUCAAGAUUCUCUUCAAUCAUUCUAUCGAACAAAACUGAUUACUAAUCAUGUACUUCCUCGUGAAAUAUUUCAAACACAAAUGAAUUCAACUAUUGAAGAAUUUAAACGAAAUGUACUGGAAACAUUUCAACGAAUAUUAAAUUUAUUACGACUUAAUUUUGAUAUAAAUCAAUUUAUUACACCAAUGAAUUCUUUUUUUACUGCUCCGGAUAAUAUUGAUGAAAAUUAUAACGUGUUUAAAUUUCUAUUUUUUUAUUAUCUACGGAAGGAAAGAGAUGAUUGUAAUUCAGUACUCUAUGGUGCAUGUUAUUGUAUUUCUCUAUCAACUUAUGAAUGUUAUCGAGAAACGAUGAUUAAUGAAAGUGGAAUUAGUUCGAUUAUUCCAGGAAUGUUUCAAACAUGGAAUCCACUAGAAGCACUUCUUAUAUCAACAUUAGAAUGUUUUUAUCAAGAUCAAUGUCUUUCUCAAAUAACAAAAUUUAUUAAUUUAACUCAAAUAUCAAAUAAAAAAUUUACAAAACUUUCAUCAAAUAAAACUCAAUAUGAACGAAUUGAUAAAAUAGUUAAUAAUCUUUUUAUUCAAUCAUGGAAUAAUGAAAGCCUAUUUGAUUCAUAUUUUAAACAUUGUCAUCCAUUAGAAUGUCAAUAUAGUUAUAAAACUCGAUUAAAUUUUAUAUAUACUAUAACAACAAUUCUUGGAUUAAUUGGAGGAAUUAAUACUGUUCUACGUUUACUAUUACCAAUUCUUGUUAAAUCAAUUUUUUCAAUUUCAAAUUUUGUUUUUCGUCGUCGACAUCAGAAUGUCAUCCGUACAAGACAAACAAUAUCUUUAAGAAUACGAUUUUCUAAUGGUCUUUAUACUCUAUUCAUACGUCGUAAACAAAAAUUAAAAGAAUUAAAUCUUUUUCCAACUAUUCCACCGUCACAAGAUCUAAGAAUCAUUCGUAGAAAUCGACGUUCAACUCGAAUAUAUUUAAUUUUAGUGAUUACAACAUUAUUUAUUCUUAUAAUUUAUACAUUUAUAAAACAACGAACAAUUACAGAUACUGCUGAAUCACCAUCUUUAUUAAAAUAUAAAGAAUUAUAUAAUCAAUAUUCUAUUAAACUUGAAUGUUCUUGUACAAAUAUUGCUAUUAAAUACAAAAAAUUUAUUACUGAAAUUAAACCUGAAUAUCACCAGAUUUGUUCAAGUAUAUUUAUUUCACCUGAAUGGAUGGAAAGUAUGCCUGAUACCGGUCGUGAAAAUAUAUUAUUUGAUUUUGAAUUUCAAAUUCAUGCAAGGAUCGGUUUUCAUUUUGACUCAUUGUCAAAAAUUUGUGAACUUACUCGAAAUACAUUGAAUACAGCACUAUCAAAAUUUGAAGAAACUGAUUUUAUUACAAUGCAUGUUAUACCGCAAGAUGAAUUCAAUAGGAAAAUAAAAUCAAUUAUUGAACAAUUUAAAACAACAACAUCUGAUCAAUUUAUAGAAACGUUCAAAUUAAUUCAAACAAUAAAUCACGCAAAUCAAUUAGCUUCGUUAUUUUCGUCGAGCUGGAGAUUCUACUUAAGUAAUACAGAGCUUUAUAGUUUAGAUCAAGGGUCUACAUUAAAUGUAAUAGCACGAUCAGUAAUAUAUGGAAAAGAUAACUGUUCAUGUGGAAGAUAUUCAACUUGUUCAGAAUCCGUUUAUUUUCCUUUUCGUACAUCAAAUCAAUCAUUAAGAGAAAGUUUGCCAGGAUUUUUUUCUGGUUGUUUACCAUUUGAUUCUCUUCUUCAAUCGAGUUUAACUUGUCUUUAUAAUCAAACAUGUAUGGAUAUUUUACGUGCAAUAAUUUAUCAUUCGAAACCAAUUCCAUAUAAUAUUCUUACCUCUUCUUUAUUAUCAAAUCCAAAUACAACAAUUGAAACACUUCUUAGUCAACUUUUCAUUUCUCAAUGGUUUCCUAAACCAUCAUUUAAUCUUUAUUUCAAUGAAUGUAAUCCUCAGUCAUGUCAAUAUUCGUAUCAAAUGCAAUAUAAUUCAAUCUAUGUUGCAACAACAUUAUUUGCAUUGUUUGGCGGUUUAACUAAAGGAUUACAUUUUGGUGUAUUUUUGAUUGGAUUAAUUAUUUAUAAAAUAAUUGAUUAUCGAAAAAAGAAAACGCAAAUUGGAAUAGAUUCGAAUCAAUCAGAUAUAGCUGUCAUUCCAGAUCAAAUAAUAACAACAGUUCAGAUCAAUGUGAGUUCUACUGAAGAACAAAUAAACUUACGAAACAGACGUUGUGAUCGAAUACUUAUCAUUAGUUUAAUUUUGUUUGCCAUAUGUACUAUAAUUACCAGUACCGUUAUUUUGUUUCUCAAUCGAGAUAUCGAAGAAAACUUUAUCGUAACAAAUACACAAACAACUCUAAUCAGUAGUAGUAGUAGUAGUGAUGUAAUAGCAGAAUUUACAUCGGUAUCACCAGAUAUUUGUUAUUUGACUUGGAAAUAUCAAUCUGAAUUUUAUGCAACUGGUCUUGAUCCUACGUCACUCAUUACGAGUGAUUUUAAUCAAGAUUCAAUUAAUGAUUUAGCUGUGACGAAUUCUGAUUCUGAUACAAUAAGUGUCUUUUUAGGAAAUGGGAAUGGCACAUUUCGAACAUCCAAAAUCUAUUCAACAGGAAAUAAAUCAAAACCACGUGAUUUAAAAAGUGCUGAUUUCAAUAAUGAUGGAUUAUUAGAUUUAGUUGUGACAUUAUAUGAAACAAAGGAAAUCAUGAUUUUCUUCGGUGUUAAGUCGAAUGAUCUAUUCGAAAUACCACCGUAUCGUUUUUCAAACAAUGCAUUUGGUUAUCGUCCAGAAUUGAUUGAAGUCAAUGAUUUGAAUAAUGAUAAAUUUAUCGAUUUAUUAAUAGUUUAUAAUGUCAAUAAUGCGAAACUCGGCGGGAAAUUAGAUAUAUUUUUUAAUUCAAACAAUGGAAAAUCAUUUGAUACUGUAGCUGAUUGUAACAUAUAUCUACAGACUAAAGAAAAUAUUACAUCAAUAGUCAUCGAUGAUGUCAAUAACAAUGGAAAAGCAAAUGAUUUGAUUAUAUGUGGUGAUUACAGUAGAAUACAUACUUUUUUAAAACAAAAUAAUACCAAUCAAUCGGAAUACUGUUAUGACGUUAUAGUUGGAAAGUAUAUGUAUAGAUCUCCAUCAGCAUUCAUUAAAGGACGAUUCAAUGAUGAUGAACGUUAUGAUUUAGCAGGUAUUUCUUUUCAAUCUGAUACAUUACAGGUUCUACUUGAUUAUGGAAAUAACAAGUUUACUCAACAAAUUUAUUUAACAGAAACUCGCCCAACAUCAGUUGCUCAAUUGAAUUUUGAUAAUGAUUCAAUCGAUGAUUUAGCUGUGUUAACUUGUAAUGGAACUAUAAAUAUAUUUGUUGGAAGAAAGUUUGGAAUAUUUCGUCGAACUAAUAUAUAUUACAGAAUUAAUGGAAAUAAUAGUGAUAAAUGUUGUCAUUCAUUGAAAGCAGUUGAUUUAAAUCAAGAUGGAAAAGAUGACCUUGUUUUUAUUGAUGCAAGGAUAAAUAGGAUUCAAAUUUUAUUAAGUUCAAAUUGUGAUCAAUAA